UAUUAAAUAGGUAUUUAGCCCCAUUUUUACCAAAAAUUAUUUACAGAUAAACGACGUAUAUAGAAAAUUCGAAAUGAAAAUUGCUUUUGUACUAGCUAAUAUCUGUAUAGGUAUUACUAUACGUAAUGUUUGUGCUUUACAAGAACUCGGAACUUAUGAACUUUCGAAUUCUAUGGAAGAUUGUUCCUCUACUUUUCUUAUGUCUACAUCGCAGAUUUCUUUAAAAAUGGUACCAGAUUCGACAAGUUAUAGUUGGUUUGGAAAUACGACUAUUAAAUGUGUGAGAAUUUAUCCCGAAUCACGUGAUUGUACGGCUAUCGUGGGUGUCAUAUAUGGCGGAUUAGGUCAAAAUUUUAUCCAACUAGAAUUCGAUCUAUACAAUUAUAACAUUUUUAACUAUUGUUAUUAUAAUGUGCAGAUUUUUACGGUUGCAGCUGCUUGUGACGAAGCUACUACGCACGCAGCUAUCGCAGCUGCUAACUAAAUAAAAUAUUUCGCACGAUAAUUUGUUUGUUUCAAUUCAAAUCAUCAAUCGAACGAAAUAUAUAUUUAAGAAGACUUUUCGACAAAUCUUCUUUUUCUUAGAGACUCUUGACACGUUAUUUGGGUUAAGUAAUGACAGAUUUACUUGUUAGGCGUUUUUUCGAGAAUCGUUCAUCACAAAAGUACACUAUACCAGUACUGUUAGUACUAGCAAUUUCUAGUUAACGAAAUAAUACAAAAAUAAAGGAAAAGUGACAUUUUUGAUUUAGUUUUCGAUAUAAAUAUUCGAAACACCUUUAGUAACAGUAGUACCUGGAUCAACAGUUGAUGAUGGUACUAUUUCUAAUGAUAAUAACU